ACUUGUUGCAUCUACCAGACACGAUAACUUGUUGCUUAUUGGCAAAGGCUCGACAGCGAUUUCUCCGGUGAAAUCGACGUGAUAUCUGUGUUAAGAUAAUUAUCUUUUCAACAUUUUCCGAUUUCUUUAAAUUAAAUCGCAAUUCGAUAAUUUAAAUUAGAUCGCUAUUGAAUAAUUAAGAAAUUUCGAAUUAACGAUUAUUCUAAUAGCUAAAUUAUCAAUCCAUUAAUCCUCGUAAUCUGCAUAACAGACGAACCAUUCUUUUUGAUAAUAAAAAAGACUUUGUUGAUCGAGUAUAUUAUUUCGCUUUAUUGCUAUCAAAGUUCGAUAAAGCAUUACAGUCUUCCUGGAGAAAGAUAAUGAAUUCUACUAUGCUAUAUAAUUUUACGAAAGAAUUUCAAAAGUAUUGGCAUAAACUUUGCUACAACUCUUUGAAAGCAUAUUAAUAUAUACGUGCCUGGUAUUUGAGCGCGCGCAUUGAAACACGUACCAAUACGUGUUCAGAUUAUAAUAUACUAACAACGAUUCUGCUUCCGUUCCAAAACACACCUGGCUUGUUUCCGGCGUUGAAUUUGCACGAAAUCCUAUAAGACUCGAAGAGGCUUUUGACGUUGAGCUAUACUCGGCCCUAAUGAUAGCAUAUCCGGCGUGAGAAGGAUAGACUUACCGAUAAAGUAUGGUACAAAUCUAUAGUUAAUGUAUAGUGUGGUACAGUGUCGCCUACACAUUCACGCUUUCAAGAUGGCGCUCAACUUGUGGAGAGAAAGACGAUCGAGCGUCUGAACGGUUCAGAGCGGGUUUGCUAUAGCUACGUCAAGCGUCGGACAAUGAACAAGUACCGGACCGAUCCAUUUAUUUUUAUCCUUGUUUUGACCAGUCAAUUAUAAAAAUAGUGUUGUGCGUUUAGUGCAAAAACAAAAUGUGUAGCCAUACACAGGGGAUUGUUAGGCUAAAAUCGAAAAUAAGUACGUGCUAGUGCUCAUUCCUCAGUUAUGUCAAUGUGUUAAGUCAAAAUGGCAGCCACGUUAACUGUCGAGCAGGAACAGGCCACGAAAGAAUUUAUAGAAGCAGUUAAUAAAUGUCGAGCUGGAAGGAGAGCUGGUCCAGUAUCAUGGAGUACAGCUGUGAAAUUUUUGACGGCAAGGAAAUUUGAAGUCGCGAGAGCACUAGCGCUAUAUGAACAGCAUGAAGCCACCAGAAGAAGAGAGGGUCUUGCACUUUUACAUCCUACUCAGGAACCUUUGCUCACUGAAUUACGCACAGGAAAAUUUACAGUUUUACCUUCACGGGAUGCUACAGGGGCAGCCAUAGCUAUUUUUACAGCACAUUUACACCUUCCACAAAAUACCACUCAUCAAACAACGUUACAAGGCGUUGUAUAUCAAUUAGAUGCAGCUCUAGAAAGUGUAGAAACUCAAAAACACGGUCUGGUUUUUAUUUAUGACAUGUCGGAUAGCAAAUAUCAGAAUUUCGAUUAUGAUCUAUCCCAAAAGAUUCUCACCCUUCUAAAGGGUGGUUAUCCAGCUAAAUUAAAAAAAGUGUUAAUAGUGACGGCACCGUUGUGGUUCAAAGCUCCCUUCAAGAUCCUUCGAUUAUUUGUACGCGAAAAAUUAAGGGAUAGAGUAUUCACCGUAUCUAUUCCCCAAUUAACAUUACAUAUCCCACGGGAAUCAUUACCGCAUCGUUUGGGCGGCACAUUGGAGAUACAGCAUGAAGCAUGGCUUCUUCAUUGUCUUAAAUCCAUGACAAACAGGGGCGGGGGUGAACUUUGCGAGGUUACCCCCAGAGUGGGUACUCCUCUUUCACCCACAUCGAAGAACCAAACAGUUCAUCAGAAUCCGAAUGGAACUACAGUCAGUAGCUCAACUAGUCCUAUAAUUGAUAAGAACAAAGUGAAAAAUGGUAUCUCGAAUAUUGGAGAUAUCGAGAUCACGAAUGGUGAUGUCUGGAUGGGAACCGAUGAGGCACCGUCUCCAGUUCAGCCUCCGUCCUCAGCUAGUUCAGGUUUUAGCGACGACGAUAGCCUCCACGGAGAUCUUGGUCUUCAAGCCGUCACUAUGGAACAACUCAUCGAAGAGAUACAUUCGAGAGGACGCGCAGGGCUCAUAGCGGAAUAUGCGGAAAUUAGGCAAAGACCGCCCGAAGGUUCCUUCAAUAAUGCCAAAUUAAGAUCAAAUCAGUCGAAAAAUCGAUAUACAGAUGUACUUUGCUACGAUCACAGUAGAGUGUGCCUAUCGCAAAUAGACGGAGACGCUACAUCGGAUUAUAUAAAUGCUAAUUUUGUUGACGGUUACAAACAGAAAAAUGCGUUUAUUAGUACCCAAGGUCCGCUGCCGAAAACUUGCGGUGAUUUUUGGAGAAUGGUUUGGGAACAACAAACGCUGGUUGUUGUUAUGACCACAAGAGUGGUGGAAAGGGGACGUACGAAAUGUGCACAAUAUUGGGGUCCUGAACCGGGUGACGAAGUACAAGCAGGUGGUUUUACGGUAACUACCCUCGAAGUUGAUACAAAUCCAGAUUAUACGAUAUCGAUGCUUCUUCUUACAAACAAAAAGACUGACGAGGCAAGAGAAGUUUGCCAUAUGCUAUACACGGCAUGGCCGGAUUAUGGAGUUCCACAAUCGGCUAGAGCUUUAUUACAAUUUUUAGCCUUAGUAAGACAACAACAAACCAAGUUACUUGCUAGUAGAGGAGAUACAUGGGCCGGACAUCCGCGAGGACCUCCUAUAGUUGUUCAUUGCAGUGCCGGAAUAGGAAGAACAGGAACAUUUUGCACAUUAGAUAUUUGCAUAUCGCGAUUAGAGGAUACCGGAACUGUAGACAUCCGUGGGACUGUUGAAAAAAUUCGAGCACAGAGGGCCUACAGUAUUCAAAUGCCAGACCAAUAUGUAUUCUGCCAUCGUGCUCUAGCAGAGUAUGCGCUUUCCAGGGGAAUGCUUAGUUCACAACAUCUUGCUAUGUUACCUCCAACCAUAGAAGAAGAUUCUGAUUAGAUCUCUAUUAUCAUGUACCAGAUUGAUGUUCUUCCCGAGUAUACAUAACAAUCUCUUACAUAGCCUAUUUCUAGCUUAAAUAACUAAAGGUUAUUUUUUGCUAUCAUCUCCAUCGAUGUAAUAAUUCAAAUUUCUAUUCUUAUGUUAGGCUAUAUGUUUAGAGGAUAUCUAAAGAAAGACUAGUUUUUUCAAGGCUAAAUGUAAGAACAGAAAUUUUUUAUUUCUGUUUCUUGGUAUUUUGCUCUGUGAAUAAACGAUUCAAUGGUAAGAAUAAUGACAGUGCAGAAGCUGGCUAUAGAAAUGGCUAUCCGAGUAAAAGUAUAAAACAAAGUAUAAUCGGAUGGGCUGAUUCUAUUUUAACCCUCUCAUAUGUAAAUUUUAUUGUACAUUUAAAAAGAUAACUUAUUUAAAAUGUGUGAAGUGUGAAACGCCUUACUUUAUAAACAUUCCAUUUGAAAACAAUUAUUACGUCAAUUAAAUUAAUAUAUAAUGUAUACAAGUAUGAAUUAUACUUAUAUAUAUAUAUAUAUAUAUAUAUAUAUAUAUUUCAUAGAUUUAAAAAAUUUUCUUUAUAUUCCGUAUGUUAUACAUACUGCAUAAAAUAUGACGUUAAGAUAAAGAAAAUUUUAAUUAUUACAGGCAUUAUUUAUUAAUGUACUAUUGUACAGAUCGAUAAGUUUAAUAGUUAAAUAAUUAAUAAUAUCUUUUCUUUUAUAUCAAUUUUAAUCAAUGAUUAAUUUAUUGUUAUUUAUGCUAUUCAUGCAAUAUAUAUUUUAUAUAUAACUAUGUAAUCGUGAUUAAUUUGCAUUCUUUUUUUAUAAUAAUCAGCUUUGCAUUCUGAUCAUCAUUUAUGAUUUCUUGAAACUGUUAAUGAAAUAAUUUUCUUUUAUAUUGAAUAUUUAUGACGAGAAAAUUAGUUGAACUUUGUUUUUUCUAUAAUGAGUCUUUCAACCUAAAAUUUAAAUUAUCAAGUACAAAGGAUGUAAGGACAUGUUGUUAUAGAAUCUUUAUAUGAGAGGGUUAAAUUAGUAACUGAUUUAUUGAAAAUAUAAUGAAUUUAAAAGAAAGAAAAAAAAAAAAAAGAUACAAAGAAGUAUGAAUGUUACGGAAAAUUACAAACUAUGGGAAAUAUAAUUUAAGCGGCCAAUUAGUCAUUGAUACGUAAGAUUUAAAAAAAUAUAUUACAACAUGUUACGACAGCUUUCGCCAUACAUGAACUAUAAGUAAUCGACGAUUGUAUUAAUAGGCACUUUUUGGGUAACCAAAGAUUAUCUUCUACACCGUCUUGAAACAUUACAAUUGAAUCACGAAUAUGAAUAUAUGUAGUUGGCUGAUAUUGAAAAAUUCCCUUACAGGGAUUGCUAAUCAGGGAUCAUCGCAUAGAUUAAAAAUAUGCCCAAUUCUAUUAAAACAUUAAAAAAUAAAAUUAUUAGUAAAAUCGUACUAAGUUAAAGUUUCAAAGGAGGCGAAUAUGAACAACUAGUUUACCUCGAGAAUCAAACGUGCUUCGUCUUAGCAACGAUAGGAUUUUUUAAAAACCUUAGUGCAAAGAUAUCAAGUAAAUUCAAAACGUGCUCUUCCACGAAAGCCUUCGUGUAUCUGAUACGAGAAAAGGAAGAAUAAUGUGAUUUUAUAAUUUAAACUUUAGAAUAUUAAGGAUCUUUUUAAAUCUUUAAACGCUUACGUUUAUAUCGUCGAGAUACGACCAGAUGUAUAUUUUUGAUUUCACGUAAUACCACAUUAGUCGAUGAAUCAGUAAGUUCACACGGUACAUUCGAAAAUUAUUUCAACUUCUCGGCAGCUUUUUCAAAAAUCUAAUCUCAUUGAUUAUGAAAAAGACGAACAUUUAAGAUGAAGAUACAUGAAGAGAAUAUGUGAAUGUUGAUAUAAUUUAAGAACGUAUCUAAGAACGCUGUUGUAGAUGCAAACGCUUUUUAAUACGAAUUUUUAAUAUUUACUUGUUAAAAGCGACGCUGAGAAAUUUUUUAAUUACGCGUUAAAAUAUAAAAACGAAGCGUGCUUGCACAAAAGUGAUAAUAGAAAUUCUGUUUAAAAUAGUGUUUGCAUAGAUGUUUUAUCUCAGAAUUUCUUAUAAUGCAAUUUAAGUAUCCUGAAUAUCGAUGUCUAUCGAUGUCCGAUUUAUAGCUACUCUGUCUAACCGUCUAUUUGUUGAAUGUAUAUUAAAUAGUUGCAAGGAAAUCAUGUAAUAUUAAAUUAUUGUUACAAAUGACAAUGAUAUAUUAUAGUGAAUUUUUCUUGCGUCUUAAAUUUAAUAUGUAUAAUAUGGAUUUUAACGGAGACAUCGUAAAUUUGUUAUAUGAUAUGUGAUAGCCGUUGAAAUUUUUCCGAUACGAUUUCUAAUUUUUGUUCACAAGAACGCUGCCAUGUUAGCGUAAAUUCGUUUGAUUACGAUCUUUCGUUUAUUUAAACUUCAUUAAUCUAGAUUUACCGUUCGACAUAUUUUCUAAUUUAUUCAAUUCAAUUUUGCCAUAAUGCACUAGAUCACGCCAAUGGAGCGAGAAUCUUUUUUGUCGAGAAUCUUUUGCCCAGGAUCCCCACCCCCCCAAUGCGUGUAUUUUAUGUACAGUCUGUAUAUUAUGCGCAAAAUUUAGCGGAUCAAAGUCUCGAAUAGAUCAAGGACUUCGAGGAUUCGAAGUCUCAGAUCUGUCGAUAGUGAAUCGUUUGUUAGAAAUAUCUUCGAAUUUUAUAUAACGAAAAGCGCUGUUGUACUAGAUGCUUAGUCAGAUUUAAAUAAGUUCGAAUUUUAAUCUAUACACGUUCCUCCUACUCUUGGGUUACCUUACAAAGGGCAUGUUGUCGGUACAAUCAUGUUUUAUUAUUAUUAUUAUUAUGAGAUGUAAUAUUAUUAUUAUUAUUAUUAUUAUUAUUAUUACUAUUAUUACUAAACCACUUUAUUAUAUUAUAUAUUAUAUUAUAUUUCUCUAACGUUUGUAAUUAGUUCACAAUGCCCUUUUAUAUUAUCAAUCAAUAUUUAUUAAAAAAUAUUAUCCUUAAAAUAUUCAUACGAUGUACAUAUACGCACAUACACUAUCACAAAGUCUUAAGGUUCACUUAAACCUCCAUGUUCUCAGGGUUUCACUUUCUAAGAACCUGCUAGUUAAAAAUGUAAAGAAAGGAGGAAAAGAGAGUUGCGACGUAAUAUCAGUUGUGACGAAUCGUUAAUUUAAGAAAGGCAGGACAUUUUUAAUUGCACCUUUACCUUUCUUCGAGAUAAAGAUGAAUAUCAGGAGCAUACUUGCAAAGUAUUAUAUCUAUUAUACGAAUAUACACUGUACAUUUUUUACACAAAGUGUACAUUUUUUUUCUUUUGUUUGUUUCGUUUAAAUUUUCUCUCCUUUUUUUUUUUUUUUUUUUUUUUACUCCUUUUUCACUUAUCGAUAUAAACGAGUGCAGUCUGCGAAUACGGAGGUUUUAUACGGAGUUUUGAUAUUUUUUCUUUCUUUUUUUCUUUUUUUUUUUUUUUUUUCGACGCGAAAGAAAAUUUUUUUGAUUCUUUGUUUUCAUCAUUUCUCUCUCGCUCUCUUUCUUUCUAAUUAAUUAAGUGUGGAUGUAACGUGUGAUUUUAUAGUAAUUUGUGUGUGACUAUUUCAUAAUAUCCUCAGACGUGUAUCGGCAAAUGGAGAUAAAUGUGCAAACGAAACAGAUAGAAAUGAUCAGAGCAGGUACCAAAGUUUUUGUAAGACACUCGUACGAGUGAUAUAAUACUCUAAAUCCCUUAGAAUAAUUUUUCUUGCGUAUCAUUGAAAACUAAGGGUACAUAUAUGUAGAUUAAACUAACCGAUUCAACAGUAUUACAAUUCUAAUAAUAUUAUAUUCUAAACAUGAUCCUUUUUGUGCGAUCAGUAUUCUCUCUGCUCUUCGUUCGAUUACUCUCAUUCCUGUAAAAUUUAAGCCGUUUCGACGAUGUUGUUGAUAAUUUAUCUUAGUCUUAUAAUUUGUCUUUUUAAGUUAACACUUAAGAAAUUCCAUUGACGAUACACAUCUUUUCGAAAUACUGAUUAUUAUAUUAUUAUUUAUUGAUAAUCGAUUAAAUAUUCAAUUAAAUAUUCACUCAGUUUUUAUACGAUAAAAGAAAGAAAAAAAAAAAAGAUAGAACAUGAAAUGGGCGAAAAAUUGUAGCAAAGAAGCGAUAUAAAAGAAAAAGAAAAAAAAAAAAAAGAUUAUUUUGUGAGUAAAUUAAAUAUGAUCUUUGCUGUUUAUUCGAUUAUUUCAACCAUAAAAACGUACUAGGAUAUUACGAAUAACAGAGAUUUAAAUUAAAAAGUGAGAAAGAAAAAUUGUAAAUACGAAUAACGUGACUUUAAAAUAACUAUCGCACAUAAAUGUAUCUAAUAAUUAUUUAAUAUAUUGCAGAUAUAAAUGGUA